CCAUUGCAUUCACCGUCACCAUUCACGUCGCAAUCGCCAUUGUCGUCUUCGCCGUCGCCGUCGCCGUCGCCGUCGCCGUCGCCGUCCUCUCUCUCGCCAUUGCAAACAGCAUCAUUGUCAUCGUUGUUAAGGGCACUGCCCUCGCCCUCGCCCUCGCCCUCGCCCUCGCCCUCGCCCUCGCCCUCGCCCUCGCCCUCGCCCUCGCCCUCGCCCUCGCCCUCGCCAGCUCCAUCGCCAUUGCCAUCGACAUUGACAUUGCCAUCGCCAUUGCCCUCAGCCUUGUCCUCGCUCGCGUCAUUGCCAUUGCAUUCCCCGUCGCCAUUCACGUCGCCAUCGCCAUUGUCGUCUUCGCCUUCGCCGUCGCCGUCACCGUCGCCGUCCUCUCUCUCGCCAUUGCAAACAGCAUCAUUAUCAUCGUUGUUAAGGGCACUGCCCUCGCCCUCGCCCUCGCCCUCGCCCUCGCCCUCGCCCUCGCCCUCGCCCUCGCCCUCGCCCUCGCCCUCGCCCUCGCCCUCGCCCUCGACAUUGCCAUCGACAUUGACAUUGCCAUCGCCAUUGCCCUCAGCCUUGUCCUUGCUCUCGUCAUUGCCAUUGCAUUCCCCGUCGCCAUUCACGUCGCCAUCACCAUUGUCGUCUUCGCCGUCGCCGUCGCCGUCGCCGUCGCCGUCGCCGUCGCCGUCGCCGUCCUCUCUCUCGCCAUUGCAAACAGCAUCAUUGUCAUCGUUGUUAAGGACACUGCCCUCGCCCUCGCCCUCGCCCUCGCCCUCGCCCUCGCCCUCGCCCUCGCCAGCUCCAUCACCAUUGCCAUCGCCAUUGCCCUCAGCCUUGUCCUCGCUCUCGUCUUUGCCAUUGCAUUCCCCGUCGCCAUUCACGUCGCCAUCACCAUUGUCGUCUUCGCUGUCGCCGUCGCCGUCGCCGUCGCCGUCCUCUCUCUCGCCAUUGCAAACAGCAUCAUUGUCAUCGUUGUUAAGGGCACUGCCCUCGCCCUCGCCCUCGCCCUCGCCCUCGCCCGCCCUCGCCCUCGCCCUCGCCCUCGCCCUCGCCCCGCCCUCGCCCGCCUCGCCCUCGCCCCCCGCCCCGCCGCCCCUCGCCCUCGCCCCCCACGCCCCGCCCUCGCCAGCUCCAUUGCCAUCGCUGUCGCCGUCGCCGUCACCGUCACCGGCACAGUCACCGUCACCGUCACCGUCACCGUCACCGUCACCGUCACCGUCACCGUCACCGUCACCGUCACCGUCACCGUCACCGUCACCGUCACCGUCGCCGUCGCCGUCGCCCUCGCCCUCGCCCUCGCCCUUGCCCUCGCCGUCGCCGUCGCCCUCGCCCUCGCCCUCGCCCUCGCCCUCGCCCUCGCCCUCGCCCUCGCCCUCGCCCUCGCCCACGCCCUUGCCCUCGCCAGCUCCAUUGCCAUCGCUGUCGCCGUCGCCGUCACCGUCACCGGCACAGUCACCGUCACCGUCACCGUCACCGUCACCGUCACCGUCACCGUCACCGUCGCCGUCGCCGUCGCCCUCGCCCUCGCCGUCGCCGUCGCCGUCGCCGUCGCCAUCGACAUUGCCAUCGACAUUG